GUUUGCCCCAUCCCAUCCCAGCCUCCUCAGCCUACUGUUGUUCCAAAGCCAGUUCAAUCUGUCAUACACGUUCCAUUGCAACCAAGCUGCCCGGGCCGAGGCAAGAUGGCUAAACUCAUCAAUCCAGAAGAGAUGACAUCCAGGGAUUAUUACUUUGAUUCCUAUGCUCACUUUGGAAUUCAUGAGGAGAUGUUGAAGGAUGAAGUGCGCACAUUAACCUAUAGAAAUUCAAUGUAUCACAAUAAACAUGUUUUUAAAGAUAAGAUUGUCCUCGAUGUUGGAAGUGGCACAGGAAUCCUCUCCAUGUUUGCUGCAAAGGCAGGAGCCAAGAAGGUGUAUGGGAUUGAAUGCUCAAGUAUAUCUGACUACUCAGAAAAAAUUAUCAAGGCCAACCACUUGGACAACAUAAUCACAAUAUUUAAAGGUAAAGUGGAAGAAGUUGAAUUACCUGUGGAUAAAGUAGACAUCAUCAUCAGCGAGUGGAUGGGUUACUGUCUGUUCUAUGAGUCAAUGUUAAACACAGUCAUCUUCGCACGAGACAAGUGGCUGAAACCUGGAGGGCUAAUGUUUCCAGACCGAGCUGCUUUGUACGUGGUAGCAAUUGAAGACAGACAGUACAAGGACUUCAAAAUUCACUGGUGGGAGAAUGUGUACGGCUUUGACAUGACCUGUAUUAGGGAUGUUGCCAUGAAGGAGCCUUUGGUGGACAUAGUAGAUCCAAAGCAAGUGGUGACCAAUGCCUGUUUAAUAAAGGAAGUAGAUAUUUAUACAGUGAAGACUGAAGAAUUGGCAUUUACUUCUGCGUUCUGCCUCCAAAUUCAGCGUAAUGAUUACAUUCAUGCUUUGGUCACCUAUUUUAAUAUUGAAUUUACAAAGUGCCACAAGAAGAUGGGAUUUUCCACAGGUAAACUGUAUUUCUUUUAAUUUCAUUUCUAUUCCUAUCAGUAUAUCAGCACUAUUGAUCAGAUGGUACAGGAAAGUUUGCCACCACAUUUGAAUUUCAGUGAGAAAAAGUAACUUUGGGGGAGGUCAGCAGGAUGG